AUAAAUACUAUUGUCACUGCUAUCGCUCAUGACUAUAUACUAGGAACUGUAUUGAUGACGACGAUAAUUUCAAAGAAGGAAAAGAGAAAAAAAGAAACAGUAUACGCCCACCACAAUUGCCCCGAUUUGAUUAAAAGAGAGGAGCCGUACUGCCUGGCAUGUUUCCGAAUAUGACUACCACUGCUAUCAUAAGGCACGUAACAUGUAUAUCUGUGGCUGUCAUAUGUGCUGGAUUCGCCGCUCCAGCAGUGGACCAAUAUACACGCGGCGUGGAUUGGCUUAGUCGGUAUGGAUACUUGCCCCCUCCAGAUCCCCACACAGGGAUGCUUCAGACAAUGGACGAGAUUAAAAAUGCACUUAAGGAGAUGCAGAGCUUUGCUGGGCUGAACGCGACUGGAAUAUUGGAUGCAGACACUCUCCACCUUAUGUCUACACCACGUUGCUCUCUCCCUGACAUAAUGAGAGCCGAAGAUAAGCUGAGGAAGAGGAGACGAAAAAGAUAUGUGUUAUCAGGGUCACGUUGGCAUAAGACUGACAUCACAUGGAGUCUCAACAGUUAUCCGUCUCCUUCAUCAAAACUUAACCCUCAAUUAGUGCAGCAACUCUUGAGUCAGGCAUUCAGAGUAUGGAGUGAUGUCAUCCCACUGAACUUCCACUAUAAGAGAGAUCUGAAAGAGGAAGGGGACAUCAGGGUAUAUUUUGCCAGUGGUUUUCAUCAGGAUGGGUACCCUUUCGAUGGCAAGGGAGGAACAUUAGCCCAUGCAUUCUUUCCAUCGAAUCAUGAAAUGGCAGGAGACACGCACUUUGACAAUGAUGAAAUAUGGAGCUUUGGAGAUGACAGUGCCAGCACUGACCUCUUUACAGUGGCUGUCCAUGAGUUUGGCCACGCUUUGGGACUCUCGCAUUCAUCCGCUGAAUUGUCCAUUAUGAGGCCUUAUUACGAAGGAGCAAUAAAAGACAUAAAUAGUUACAAACUUCCAAAGGAUGACAAACUGGGCAUCCAGGCACUAUACGGGAAAAGGAAUGACAGAGUCGCCCCUGAUCCCAGGAUUCCUCCUAUUCCUGAUCGGCCACAUCAGCCCAAUCCUCCCCCAUCAAAACCAACACAACACCCAGACCCCUCCCUUCCUGAUCGUUGUAAGGGGGGAUUUGAUGCUGUGGCUAAUAUCAGAGGCGAGGUAUUCUUCUUCAAAGGCCCACAUUUUUGGCGGGUACGGCAAUCGGGUUCGCUAUUGUCUUUCACUCCAGCUUUGAUAAAAAACUUCUGGAUUGGUCUUCCGCCUGAAACCAACAAAAUUGAUGCCGUAUAUGAGAGAACCAGUGACAGCAAUAUCAUCUUUUUUAUAGGGAAUCAGUACUGGGUCUUCAAAGAAACCAUAUCUCUUCCUGGUUACCCGCACCCACUGUCUGAAUGGCGUAUGGAAACAUCCGAAGGGAGAAAUGUGCAGAGAGUGGAGGCAGCAUUCGUGUGGGCACGCAAUGGGAAGACAUACUUGUUCAGUAAUGGGGAAUUUUGGGGUUUUGAUGAUGAAAGGCAGAUUGGAAGAAAUAUGGAUGGGCAAUACCCCCGUAAGACCACCCUCUGGAAAGGAGUGCCCUUUGACCCUGACGGAGUCAUAAGCUGGGGAGAUGAUCUGUAUUUCUUCAAAGGAAACUCCUAUUGGAUCCUAAAGAAUGGGGAAAUGAACCAUGAAGCCAUAAUUAGCAAAUCUGUAGCGGUUGAUUGGAUGAAAUGUCCCAAACCACAAAUGCGUGAUGAAUGCAACUGUCCUCUGGGUGCAGCUCUCAUGUCCCAAAUCUCUUUUUGGGUUAUCUGGAUAUCUACAGUGAAUGUGUGUGUUUUUAUAAUAUAAAUAAAGAGAUGAAAAACA